GCGCCUCCACUCCAUAUAUAAUCCUCUGCUCCUCCUCAUCACCAGCAGUGAUGAGGGCCCUGUUGGAAACCUCAAAGAAGGAGAAAGUGGAAGUUUAGCUGCGCAGGAUGGCGACAGGCGCGCGGGAGUGCCCCAGCAAGGCCGUCCAGUACCGGGUGGACCACCUCCUCAGCGCGGUGGAGAGCGAGCUGCAGGCCGGCAGCGAGAAGGGCGACCCCACGGAGCGGGAGCUGAGGGUGUCCCUGGAGGAGAGCACCCUGUGGCAGAAGUUCAAGGAGCUCACAAACGAGAUGAUCGUCACAAAGAAUGGCAGGCGCAUGUUCCCGGUUCUGAAAGUGAGCGCGUCCGGACUGGACCCGAACGCCAUGUAUUCUUUCUUGCUGGACUUUGUGUCGGCAGACAACCACAGGUGGAAGUACGUGAACGGGGAGUGGGUCCCCGGAGGCAAACCGGAGCCCCAGACUCCCAGCUGCGUCUACAUCCAUCCAGACUCUCCAAACUUCGGCGCGCACUGGAUGAAAGCUCCGGUCUCCUUCAGUAAAGUCAAACUCACUAACAAACUCAACGGCGGAGGUCAGAUCAUGUUAAACUCUCUGCACAAAUACGAGCCGCGCAUCCACAUCGUGCGCGUCGGAGGCCCGCGCAGGAUGAUCACCAGCCACUCCUUCCCAGAGACGCAGUUCAUCGCAGUAACUGCGUACCAAAACGAGGAGAUAACUGCGCUAAAAAUAAAGUAUAAUCCAUUUGCAAAAGCUUUUCUGGAUGCAAAAGAGAGGAGUGAUCAUAGAGACACCAGAGAAGACGCUCCUGAGAACCACCAGUCUGGUUACUCUCAGUCAGGCAGCUGGUUUAUCCCGGGAUCAGGUCCCCUCUGCCCUCCUGCCAGUCCCCACAGCCAGUUUGGAAGUCCCAUCUCCCUCUCGCCGUCCCACGGUUGUGAGCGCUACUCCACCCUGAGGAACCAACGCUCCGCACCGUACAGCAGCAGCCCCUACGCCCAUCGGACCGGCUCGCCAACAGAUUACUCUGAAAACGCCUCCUCCUGCCUGCCGAUGCUCAGCAGUCAUGAAAACUGGUCGAGUCUCCAGAUGCCGGCCCACAGCUCCCCCUCCGGAGCCGGCUCCAGUCAGUACACCAGCCUGUGGUCUGUGAGUACCCCGCCUCUGACCUCGGUGCCCCAAAAUGGAGGCCUAAACGGCUGCUUUGGCUCCCAGUUUCUCAGAGGGUCCAGCAGCCACUAUGCAGGCCUUGUUCACUCUGCCACAGCGCCCCCUGCUGGCUCCCCGCUGUAUGACGGCAGCUCAGCAUCAGAGCUACAUGAUGCUGCUCAGUUUGAUGGCUCUCCUCACGGCCGCGUGCCGUCAGCCUGGACCUCUGUGGCUCCCCCCUCCCUUUGAUGAAAACACAUCAAACUGACCAUAAUAAUAUUAAUAAUAAAACCUUGGCUUUGGUUUUUUGACGGAUUUGUUAAAUUCAGGAUCUUCACAUUCCAGGUACUUUUGCUUUUGCAUCACGUCUUUUAUUUAGCAGCAGCAGCAUAAACCAGCUUAUGAUGUUCAAUAAAAACAUGUGCUUAUAUUAAGCAUAGCCUGAAAAUUCAAAGCAUAAACAUACCGGAUGUGUUUAUGAAAAAAAACGAUGUCAUGUAAAUAGAUAAAUUAAGCUUUUUGUACCACAAGGUCGCCGUUUACAAAUGUGUUUGUACAUCUACCAAACAGGAACAUGUAAGUUUGUGUGAUGUUAUUAAAAAGUCUCACUUGUACAAAGUGGAUGUUAUUUAAGUGUUUAGUGCGACUCCCUACGUUCUGCAAACGAGUGGUAGUUAUCAUCAUAGCUGCUGAAAUUCUGCAAAUUGACUUACAGUGAAUCUUCAGAAUCGAUGUAGGUUGGACUUCCAGUAAAUGUGGUGAGUGAGGAACCUUUGCAUUUUGUUCUCUAGCAAUCUGCAGUCCAGCUUCAGGAGUCUAAUCCUAAAUGAUGAGGUAACUCGGAUGUAAAAAUUUCAAAAACCUACUACAAUAAAAAUGGUGUUUUUAACACCUUGGCAUAUGU